CCGAACACAUGUUCGUUCCCUCAAAAGCAAGGCAGGCAUUACACCUCGCCAGUAUAUCCAAAAGAUGCCUAUCAAGGUCUAACAACAGUGCUCAUCACUGCCCCUGCGGUUGCUCCAAAUUUCAGCCGGGUCUUUCAUCAUCCUUAUCUGGAAGACGACUUUCAAGCAUCACCUUUCAAAACAGCAGAUCCGUCAUUCUGGAGCAGAAGACACGAUAUACGGGACCUAAAAGGAGCUAUUCUUCUAACAUCCCAAACCAAUGGGCCACAGAAGCCGAAGAGGCACAUGCAAAGUUGAUUGAGGCUGCUGAAGCCAAAGUCAAUGUUUACAAAAAAGUCACGGAAGACGAAGCCAAAGCAACAGACAUAGAUAUCAAGAGCCAAAUCGAAAGGGCAAGGGUGCAAAAAGAACUCGCGCCUUUGGUUGAAGUCUGGAAUAAGUAUCUUGAGCUCAAACAGUCCAUUAUUGAAAUAAAGCCUUUUCUUGAAGAUUCUGAUCCUACUCUUCGCCAAAUGUUCGAAGCUGAACAUGCUUCCCUUGGCACCGAGCUCGACGCUUUGAUUACCUCCACUCUUCCCAUUGUUCUUCUCCCGCCCCUGUCCACUGCUGCACUGCCUGCAGUGAUGUCGCUCAAUGCCGGUGUCGGCGGGCUCGAAUCAGCCCUAUGUACUGAAGAUCUCGCAAGAAUGUACCUCCGUUUUGCGACUAAUAGGGGUUGGAAAGUGGAAGAAAUCAGUCGGGUAGAAGGGACGGGAGGGAAAGGCGGUGGUGGGAUAAGAGAGCUGACGGUCAAGUUCGAGCCACCACAGUAUGCUGAAGAAGGGAUAGAGGUUUACGGAGCGUUGCAAUGGGAGAAGGGGGUGCAUAGAAUACAGAGAGUGCCUGCGAAUGAGACACAGGGUAGGAUACAUACCUCUACAGUCGCUGUCAUCGUAUUGCCGAUGUACCCGGAUACCGCUGAGGCACCCUUGGUGGAUCCCAAGGACGUCAGAAUUGAUGUUAUGCGCGCUAGGGGUGCAGGCGGUCAGCACGUAAACCGUACUGAGUCUGCUGUGCGAUUGACCCAUAUCCCCACUGGUAUCACUGUCUCCAUGCAGGAUUCUCGUAGUCAACAUCAAAACCGAACAUGGGCUUGGGAAAUUCUUAGAGCUAGAUUGUCGGAGAAAAAGCACAACGAAGAAGUGGAAGCUCGACGUGCUAGUCGACGGGACCAGGUGAAGGGCGCCGACCGAAGUGAUAAGAUUCGGACGUACAACUUCAACCAAGAUCGUUUAACGGACCAUCGCUUUGGAAUUACCGUGACAGGCUUGCAACAUGUCCUUGACGGUGAAGGGCUUGAAGACGUCAUCUCAAUGAUGAAAAAGGAUUUUAACGAACGACGAUUGGAGGCCCUUUUGAAGGGUGAAGAAGAUCUCGACUACUAGCUUU